GGAAUCUCCGCACGCACGGCCUGGCGACAAUGAUCGCGCUCCUGGAACACAUCAACUUGGCCAUCAAAGCCUCGGGCGACCCGACGACAGCCACUGCUCGCUUCUACCUGGGCGUUCUUGGAUGUGCGCGCGACCCGCGUUUGGAGUGGAUGGUCCACGCCAACAUUGGUCUCGGCCAAUUCCAUCUACUGCCUGGUCAGCCGGCGGACCAGCGCAUCAACGGUGAGAUCGCGCUGUUCUACGCGAGCCUCGACGCUCUCAAGGAGCGACUCGUCGCCAAUGAUCAAGCCUUCCACGAGCACAUGGGUGAUGAUGUCGUGCCAGCCAUUGCAGCGUAUAACUUUGCCCAGGCUUCGCAGCGCUACCGCCACAUUGCAGUCUCGGAUCCCUCGGGCAACUUGAUCUUGUGCUUUGAGUCACCGCACGACUAUGCAGCAACCUCGACAGCGCUGGGUGCGCACCCGGGCAACGCGGCCGUUGGCGAUGGGCUCGCCUACAUCAAGUUUCUCGUGCGUCCCGGCACCGCGAUCGCCCUCGGCGCGUUCUACCAGCAGCUUCUCGGUUCAGCCACCGUGGUGCUCGUCAAGUCUGCUGGAAGCGAUCUGCACAUGUGCAGCGUCGACUGCGGCCCCCUGCAGCGACUGCUCUUUGAGGAGACGCACGACGUGUUGUUGGCGUACGACGGCCACCACAUUUGCAUCUACGUGACCGAGUUCGAGGCUGCGUACCACGCAUGCGCGGCCAAGCAGCUCGUGUGGACGAACGCCAUUUACGAGGACAAGUGCGACUCGUGGGCGGAGACGCAAAAGUGGCGGCAAUUUCGCAUUCUGGACGUACGCGACCCCACAUCGAACGAGCUCUUACUGCAGCUCGAGCACGAGAUCCGACCGCUCCAUCACGGUCGGUGCCCGCUCGCGUCAUUCCAAUAGUAGAGUGGUACGGUUCAUGAAGUCAAAAAGGAAGCACUACUACAAAUGUAGUACGUCAUUAUAAUACGCGUC